AUGAGCACGGCCAUGGCACCACUCCUGUUCGCAGUGCUCGUGUUGCCGUUUGCAGCACCUGCCGCGGUGACGAUGGCUAGAAGAAACUGCUCCAGCUACUGUGGUUAUCCGUCGAACCCGCCGCCGCCUUAUCCGUUUGGAGUAGGGCCUUCGUGCUCCAUGCCUGGUUUCAAUCUCACCUGUGAUGCAGAUAACGGCACUUACCUCCUGCUGGGCAGCCCAACCAUGAAGGUGUCUUUUUAUUCCAACGAAUUCAAUCACAACCUCCGCACCAGUAUCUCGUACUUCGUGGAGAUGAUUGCCGGCGUCCGCGACUACUCCCUCCACUGGGAAGCUCCUGCCAGGCCCUUCGUCAUAUCUGGGUCGUCAGACAUGUCGUUGUUUGUUGUUGGCUGUGGUGUGAAGGCCUCGCUGUUCAUUGGCAACUCGGCCGUUGAGGUCGGGAGCUGCUUCGCCGUCUGCGCGGAAGCUCGAAUCUUGGAGAAGGUACUCGCGGGUACUUGCAGUGGCCUCGGAUGCUGUCUCAUUGACAUACAAGUGAACCUAAGGGCGUUCACCCUCAACAUCUCGCGUAUCAGCGAUUCGGCGCGCUCGGAAGGAGUGCACGCCUUCAUCAGCGGAGAUAAGAACCGAUUAUUCAGUCCGAUUGAAGCCUUAAGAUCUAUACUGCCAGUGCCAGUGCCAGACGAAUACGAGUAUUCCACUGUGAAUCCUGUACUGGAUUGGUCUAUUCCCUACCAGCCGAACUGUAAGCGCGCCAUGCAGAACAAGGGCAGCUAUGCAUGCGUUAGUAAGGGCAGUGAGUGUCACGACUCGCCAAUCGGUGGAUACCUUUGCUAUUGCCAGCGUGGAGAGGGCAACGCGUACGUCGACGGCGGCUGCGACAACCCGCCAGGUUAUGAGUCCAUCCGGCCGAGAACAGAUUGUCCCACAUCGUGCGCUAACGUGAGCACCCCAUUUCCCUUUGGAACAGAGCUAGGAUGCUUUGCAAAACCCCACAUGUACCUCAAAUGUAAUCCAACGAGCUAUCUUCCUGUCCUUCAGUUGACCGAUCGAACGAUCAUCAGUGACAUAUCAAUAGAUGAUGGUAUCUUUCACGUUCAUGAGACAUCCAAGGAGCCAGACGACUUCCCAGAUAGUUCAGACCCUGCGCUCUAUGCCUUAUCAGAACAACGAGGUGUGGUGACGUGGGCUAUCGAUAGUAUGACAUGCAAGAACGCAAAGCUGGACAAAAGCGACUAUAGAUGCUUCACCGUCCAUAGUGACUGCAUUGAUGUUACUGAAGACAGAACGACGAAACAUGUUGGUUACCGGUGCAAGUGCUCUUCGGGUUUUGAAGGGAAUCCUUAUGUCCAAGAUGGAUGCAGAGAUGUUGACGAGUGCCUGCAGCCAGAUAAAUACGUCUGCAAUGGUAUUUGCCAGAAUAAUGUUGGGAACUAUGCAUGCAUCAAGUGUCCUCGUGGAACAAAUUUCGAUGUCGUCACAAGGAAAUGCAAACCAUCUAGUGCAAUAUUAGGUGUCACUAUUGGACUAAGCAGUGGCGGAGGCAUCCUGUUUCUUGCCGCAGUUGUUGCUAUUCUUACUCGGAGAUGGAAGAGAGGCGUUCAGAAACGCCUGAGAAGGAGGCAUUACCGGAAGAACAGAGGCAUUCUGCUAGAACAGCUGAUCUCUUCCGACAAAAGUGCCAGCGAUGGCACAAAGAUAUUCUCCCUGGAGGAGCUGCAAAAGGCGACGAAUAACUUCGAUCACGCCCGCGUGGUCGGACGCGGCGGCCACGGCACUGUGUACAAGGGCAUCCUUACCGACCAGCGCGUGGUGGCCAUCAAAAAAUCAACGCUCGCGGUGAUCAGCGAGAUCGACCAGUUCAUCAAUGAAGUGUCCAUCCUGUCGCAGAUCAACCACCGGAACGUGGUGAAGCUCCACGGAUGCUGCCUCGAAUCCGAGGUCCCUCUGCUCGUCUACGAGUUCGUCUCCAACGGCACGCUCUACGACCUCCUACACCGCGAGCUCAACGGUGGCUUGUCGCCGUUGCCCUGGGAGGAGCGCCUAAGGAUCGCCACCGAGAUCGCGGGCGCGCUCACGUACCUGCACUCCGCGGCUUCAGUGUCGAUCCUGCACAGAGACGUCAAGUGCAUGAACGUGCUCCUGACGGACAGCUACACCGUCAAAGUUUCCGAUUUCGGCGCGUCGAGGCUGAUCCCGAACGAUCAGACGCACCUGGUGACCGCCGUUCAGGGCACGUUUGGGUACUUGGAUCCGGAGUAUUACCACACCGGCCAGCUCAACGAGAAGAGCGACGUUUACAGUUUCGGAGUGAUUCUCGUAGAGCUGCUGACGAGAAGGAAACCGAUCAUUCAGAACGAGCAGGGCGAGAAGCAGAACCUGUCGAACUACUUCUUGUGGGCUAUGAGGGAGAGGCACCCCCUCGAGGAGAUGGUGGAUGCUCAGAUCCUUGAGGAAGCGAGUGAGGAGGGGGUUCUGUGCAUGGCUCGGUUGGCGGAGGAGUGCCUCAGUCUGACACGAGGGGAGAGACCUACCAUGAAGGACGUGGAGAUGAGGCUGCAGCUCCUGACGGGGCGCCGUGUUGCACCGAGGGCGGGGCGGGACGAAGCGGCACGGCCUCGCUGUGAAGCUGCGGGAGACGGCGGGCGUGGUAGCGUUGCUCCGGCGAUUGGUCAGCACGGCUCGCGUCAGUUCAGCCAAGAGCAGGAGUUCAUGUCGUCUCAGCGUGUACCGCGGUAG